CUGCUGCCUGCAGUAGUGCAGCGGAGUUCGGAGGAGUCGGAACAUGCUGCCGGGGCCGUGUGGAGCUCCCGAAGUGUCCCGGAAAAGAGGUGCUGAGCCGGGCCUGCUACCGAGGCACGUCUCGGAGAGGAAGCGGGCCUGCUGGGGAAUUCUGACCAGCCAAGGGUCCUGGGCAGAUCGUUCUCCUCUCCAUGAAGCAGCUUCUCAGGGUCGGCUGCUUGCCCUGCGCACUCUGCUGGCCCAGGGCUAUCACACCAACAUUGUCACCAUCGAUCAUGUGACUCCUCUUCACGAAGCCUGUCUAUCAGGACACGUCGCCUGUGUCAGAGCUUUACUAAAUGCUGGAGCUAAUGUGAACGCUGCUACCAUUGAUGGUGUCACUCCUCUGUACAACUGCUGUACGUCGGGGAGCGUCGGCUGUAUGGAACUGCUCCUGCAGAGCGGCGCACACACACGUGCAUAUCACACACACUUCCCCUCAGCUUUGCACGAAGCCUGCAAGAGAGGUAACAGCCACUGUGUGGAGGCCCUGCUGUCUCAUGGAGCAGAUCCAGAUUAUGAAGUUUCCCACCUGGGCUCUCCUCUGUAUGUGAGCUGUCUGCACCGACACACAGCCUGCUCAAAGGUCCUGCUACACAGAGGAGCAGAUGUAAGUGUUGGCAGAGGCUGCGACAGCCCUCUGCAUGCGGCUGUCAGACAGGACAGCGCAGAUCAGGUGUCACUGUUGCUCGACUACGGGGCGAAUACUAACUUCCGAGACAGCAACAAUCAGCGGCCGGUGGAGCUGGCGCCCCCUGGUGGGAAAACACACCAGCUGCUGCUGGCCUUUGAAGCUUCUCCAAGGAGUCUCUGCCAGUUGUGUCGUCUUCAGAUCAGAAAUCUGAUUGGGCGAUCCAGACUGAACUUGCUCCCCGUGCUUCCUCUGCCCGGCCUGCUCACUCACUACCUGGACUACAGAAGCAACGAGCAGUGACGCCACCGUGCACGCUGAUAUCACCGCUCUGUGGUUUACACCGAGUCCGCCGACAUUUCACACGAGAACACGCAGACCUUCUGCUGCAUGCUGUACUUGCUCUGUUGCACAGCAGAUUACUUUCAUCGCCAUAACUGACGAUCUGUUUUUUUCACUAGGACUUUAGUUACAAUGGGGACAAUUUGUCUUUGUGUCUUAAACAGAAUUUGAUUGUGUUUCUUCCUUUUGUUUAGCUUUCCUAAUGACUCCUCGUGAACUUUAGGUGUGUUGACCCGGUGCUGAAACGACUGCUGUUUGCUCUGCUGGUCUUAUCAGGUCUCAGUCUGUAGGUCUCGCCUUAGCUUGGCGAUGGACAGUCUUCACCGUGAUUGAGCUGAGCGCCUGUUUCAGCCAUCAUUGUACUUUCAUUGUUAUGGCUCAACUUCACCUGCUUCCAAGGGUCACGGAGAAGACAAAGAUCUGAUGACGUGAAGACUCCAGGGUGACCGACAUCAGGGUCAUCCCUGAUGUCGGUCACCUAAUAAAGUUGUUUAAGUGUCGCCGGAGUCAUCACUCCUCCUGACUGAGCCAAUCAGAAGCCAGGAGGAAUGGUGACUGGAUGAACAUAUUUCAUGGAAAUGUCCUGGACCCCAGUGUGAGGGUACCCGUCCUCCAUCAUUGCUGUUACCGUCUGAAUUCAGUCCAACACUGAUCAGAACAAUACUGGAUAACUCUGAGCACCCUGCAUGACUUACUUUGCGAUUUCACAUGUAUUUAUUCAUUUCACUUCAGCUUCAUGUGUAUUUUUUAAUCUUUCUGAGCUGCUCGUUUGGUGAUGUCAUAUUUAUUUUAUUGAGUCAGGCUGUUUUCAUGUUGUGACUGCUGUAAUGCGAUCAUUUCCCAACGUUUGGGAUGAAUAAAGUGUGUCAUAUCUAAUCCUC